CCCAAGUUUCCUGGUGCCUUUUCUAUUCCACCUUAUGAAACUUUUUCCUCGGCGUGGUCUCACCGGCGAUUUAAGGCAUAGGUGUCGCCGAGCCUGGAGGCUGGGAGUCGCCGGGCGUGCGGGGGAGAGGCCUGGGCCGCGGCGCGGCGGGGGGCGGAGGGAGAGGGCAGGCAAGGCGGGAAGGUGGGCUCUGGCCGCGGGGAGCCGGGGACCGAGUCCCUGCCGCAGCUUCUAGCGGGGAGCAGCCGGGAGGAGGGGGCCGCCGGCCGGGGAGGGGGCCACACCAUGCCCAAAGUCUUCCUGGUGAAGAGGAGGAGCCCCGGGGUCUCCGUCCGCAGCUGGGAUGAGCUCCCGGAUGAGGAAAGGGCAGACACCUACAUCCCAGUGGGCCUAGGCCGUCUGCUCCACGACCCCUCCGAGGACUGCCGCAGCGACGGCGGCAGCAGCAGCAGCAGCGGCGGCAGCAGCAGCGCGGGGGAGCCUGGAGGCGCCGAGAGCAGCUCGUCCCCGCGCGCCCCCGAGCGCGAAAUCCCCGAGCCCGGCGACGCCGAGGGCCCGGGCGGACACCUGGCGGCGAUGCAGCGCCCGGUCGCCAGGUCGAAAAUCAAGUUCACCACAGGUACGUGCAGCGACCCCGCGGCCCACAGCUGUGAGCUGUGCGGCAAGGCCUUCCGCCUGCAGCGCAUGCUUAACCGGCACCUCAAGUGCCACAACCAGGUGAAGAAGCACCUGUGCACCUUCUGCGGCAAGGGCUUCAAUGACACCUUCGACCUGAAGAGGCACGUCCGCACGCACACAGGCAUUCGCCCCUACAAAUGUGACAUCUGCAACAAAGCCUUCACCCAGCGCUGCUCCCUGGAGUCCCACCUGAAGAAGAUCCACGGGGUGCAGCAGCAGUAUGCCUACAAGCAACGCCGGGACAAACUCUACGUCUGUGAGGAUUGUGGCUACACGGGCCCCACCCAGGAGGACCUGUACCUGCACGUGAACAGUGCCCACCCGGGCAGCGCCUUUCUCAAAAAGACAUCCAAAAAACUAGCGGCUCUUUUGCAAACCAAGCUGAUGUCCACGCGCCAGGGGAAUGCCAACCUGAGUGAGGAGGAGGAGAAGUGAGGAGGAGGAGGCAGCCAGAGCGGCCGUGUUUACAGGGAUUUGGGGUUUGGAAGGUCCCCCGUCACCCACAUCCUGUCCAACAGUAGCAUUAACAGAUGUUUGCGGAUGGUCACGAUCUCUGUGAGACAUUUUUCUUUCUUUUUAUUCUUUAUUCUUUCUUUCUUUUUUUUUUUUAGGACUUUCACAUGUGUAGGCAGAGGUUUCUUAGAGAGACGCUCAUUUUAUGGUGCCUUGAAAUAAAAGUACUUCCACUUGCCAUGAUGC